AUGGCUGAAAUUCUUACUUUUGGUGCUCAAGAAUUGCUGAAGAAAGUGGCUUCACUUGCUGCUCAAGAGUUUAGUCUUGUAUGGGGAUUUAAAGAAGAAUUAACAAAGCUGCGUGGGUCGCUAAACAUGCUUGAAGCUGUGCUACGAGAUGCGGAACAUCCACGACAAGAUCAGGGUCAUGCUGUGAAGCUCUGGUUGGAGAAGCUUGAGGACAUAGCUCAUCUUGCUGAUGAUCUAUUGGAUGACUAUGGAUAUGAGCUUCUUCGGCGUAAGGUUGAACUGCAAAACCAGAUGAAGAAAAAGGUAAUGAACAUCUUGUCUCUUGCCAAUCCUGUUGUGUUUCGUGGUAAAAUGGCACAUAAAAUUAAGAAGAUCAACACCUCUCUGGAUGAGCUGAAAAAAGAUGCAAGUACUAUUGGGUUAGUUGCUAAGUCCUCAUUAGAGUCAACAAUCUCCCAUGAUAGAAGAAUAGAUAGGGAAACCUACUCUGAAUUCAAAAAAGAUGAAAACAAUAUCGUUGGAAGGAAGGAUAUUGUGGAAGAUGUAGUGAAAGCCCUGACCAACUUAAACAACUAUCAAGGACAUGAUCUUUCCGUUAUGGCCAUCGUGGGAAUGGGGGGACUUGGAAAGACCACUUUGGCUAAAGCUGUAUAUAAUGAUGGUAAGAUACAGCAACACUUCCAAGAACAACUGUGGGUUUGUGUAUCUACCUCUUUCGAAGUCAACUUUAUUUUAAAGAGGAUCUUAGAGUCUCUUAAACCUGAGCACGCUGCAGUCGAAGCUAGAGAUGCAAUAUGUAAAAACCUCAAAAAAGAAAUGAAAGAUAAAAGGUAUCUUCUUGUGCUCGAUGAUGUUUGGAACGAAGAUGCACAUAAAUGGGAAGAGUUGAUCGGUUGUUUGGAAAACGUGAAUGAUACCCAAGGAAGCAGCAUCCUUGUCACUACUCGUAGGGACACAGUUGCAAAACUUGUGGAGACCUUUCCUAGGCGUGAUUUAGAGAAACUAUCAGACGAUGAAUGUUGGCUAAUAUUGAAGGACAGAGCAGUUGGGAGUGCUCCUGUAGUUGAAGAUCAAGAGAAAAUUGGAAGAGAGAUUGCUAAGAAAUGUGGAGGUGUGCCACUAGUAGCAAAGGUGUUGGGAAACAUGAUGCGUUGCAAAAAGUUUGGAUGGCAAUCAAUUGUGGACAAUGUUAUAUGGGAUGUAACUGGGCAAGAAGAUAGAAUAUUAACAGUCUUGAAAUUGAGUUUUGAUGAACUGGGAUCUCCAUGGUUGAAACAAUGUUUUGCAUACUGCUCAAUGUUUAUCAAAGAUUUUGAAUUUGAAAGGGAUGACUUGAUCCAACAGUGCAUGGCUCAAGGAUGGCUCGACCCUUUUCCCAACCAAAGUGAUCUAGAGAUGGAGGAUACAGGUAAUGAAUAUUUUAAUAUUCUAUUACAAAACUCAUUUUUUCAAGAUGUGGAAAGAGAUUCCUUUGGUAAUAUUACUAGAUGCAAGAUGCAUGAUCUCGUCCAUGAUCUUGCUGUACAUGUUUCAAAGUCGAAGUACUUGCGCUCCUCAUCUUUCAAUGGACCAGUCCUUGGUAGGAACUCUCCUGAAGUUAAAGCUCUUCGUGUUUUAAAUUUAUACAAGACAGAUAUUCAGGAGUUACCGGAUUCAAUUGGAAAGUUGAAACACUUGAGGUAUUUGAAUGUCAUGAAAACAAAGAUCAAAGCAUUUCCCAAAUCUUUGGGUCAGCUCUAUAAUCUUCAGACAUUUAAAAUGCCUCAUCACAUUGAAGAAUUCCCAAAGCAAAUUGCCAAUUUGAUCAGCUUGCGACAUAUUUAUUUUGGUAAAUUUGUGGAAUUUCCAGCUGGGGUGUUGGGAAGAUUGACUAAUCUCCAAUCAUUACCUUUUGUGAAGAUUGGUAAGGAGACAGGUCUUCACAUUGGGGAGUUAGGUGGUUUAAACCAUCUGAAAGACACCUUAUCUAUUUAUAAUCUGGAACAUGUAAGAGAUAAAGAAGAAGCAGAGAAAGCAAAUUUAGUGGAGAAGAAACGUGUGCGCAAGUUAGUGCUCACAUGGGAGCUUAGUCGGCCAAGCAACAGUGCUGAGAGUGAUGAAGUAGUACUCGAAGUACUGCGACCACAUUCUAAUCUGGAAUUUUUGGAGAUUAAUGGCUUCAUGGGUGUUAAAUUACCAUCAUGGUUAAUGCUAUCCAACAACUUGAAAGAGAUUGAAUUAGAGGAAUGCCGCAACUGCAAAGGUGUCCCAGUACUUGGUCGUUUGCCCAAUCUUGUACAUGUGAAGAUGGUUGGUAUGCAGAACCUGAGGUGUAUGGGCUAUGAGUUUUAUGGUUAUGAUAACGUUUCUGAUGAUACAAAGGUUUUGUUUCCUGCAUUGAAAACAUUAGAUAUUAGGGAGGCGAGAAACUUACUUGACUGGAUGGAAGUGCCGACGGAAAGAGUGAAGGUGUUUCCUUGCCUUGAGGAGUUGACCCUGAGCGGUUGCAACCAAUUGAGAAGUGCUCCCAGCCAUUUUCCACGUCUGAAAAAGUUGGUGAUUCGAGACAUGAACAGCGGAGGCAAGGUAAUAGCAAGUAUUCUAAGCAAUGAACUGACCACUCUCACUAAUCUAGAGAUAAUGAAGGUGAGGGAAAUUGCUUGUCUGCCGGAAAAAUUGUUAGAAAACAACCAGAAUCUUUCACAUCUGGAGAUACGCUAUUGUGAGGAGUUAACUUGUAUUGCUCCACCCCAAUCCCACUGCCGCUCAACUCUUCAGGAACUGACAAUUGAGAGGUGCCGUAAGCUGAGGUGUUUACCUGAUUAUGGGUUCUCUCUCCAGACCUUGCGGAUAGAAGAAUGCGACAUUCUGGAGUGCAUCCCAAUCUAUGACUUUCCGGAGUUAUCCUCAAUUGUACAUCGAAGCGAAGUUAUAUGCGACAUUCAGGAGCACUUCCCAUCUCCUCUUCAAGAAUUGUACAUCUCUAACUGUCCGCAGUUAUUCAGUCUACCUGAGGGGCUGCAGUACUGCACCUCUCUUCAACAAUUGGAAAUAUGGUGGUGCCCAAAGAUAGAGUCCAUCCCAAUUCCAUCACAAGGCCUCCCAUCCCUUUGUCGACUGGUACUUUGGCAGUGUCCUGAAUUAUCAAGCCUACCCAGCGGGCUAAGCUGCUGCACAUCCCUUGGACGAUUGACUAUCCGGAAGUGUCAAAUUUCACAAAUUGAUCUUCAAAUCCUCGUCUCUCUUCAGGAGUUAACAAUAGGAGAGUGCCCUAAUCUAGAAACUAUUUCAAGUUUCGACAAGCUCACAUCCCUCCGUGACUUGGAGAUUGUUAGUUGUUCCAGAUUGAAAAGUCUACCCAGUGGGUUAGCAAUGGCAUCCCCACACGUAUUCACCCGUCUCAAGACCUUGGAAAUUGGUCCGUUUUGGAGGGAGCUGGAUUCAUUCCCUGCUUUUCAGGUUCUACCACAGCUUGAAAGAUUAUCUAUCUACGGGUGGCCUAAGCUCAAGUCUCUGCCUCAACAAAUUCAACACUUGACGUCUUUGUCCUUUUUGUGGAUACAUUCCUUUGAGGGAGUGGAGGCCAUUCCAGAAUGGUUGGGAAACCUUGCAUCUCUUGAAUUCCUCUCUUUUCGGAAUUGCAAGAAUCUGAUGUUUCUGCCUUCCGUCCAAGCUAUGCGCUGCCUCACCAAACUAGAGACGCUAUCCAUCCACAAUUGUCCCCUUUUGACGGAAAGAUGCACCAAGGAGAGCGGCCCAGAGUGGCCUAAGAUUUCUCAUAUUCGACUAAUUGAAGGAGAAAGAGGCGACGCUGAGAAGGAGAGGGAGGCGUUGGAAAGCCUCGCCGGAGACUCGCCGUGA